GCGCAUAAUGACGAAUUUUAAUAACUACGGCGGAUUUGGCAUCACUUGACAAUCAGCUGUCAUUUAAGAACUACUGCCAGAUGCAAAUAUCACAUCAAGUACAUUCACGGUUUUUCCUGCAUCGCAUAUUUCUAAAAACGAAUCGGAACAGAUCGAAAGGGGCUCUGGGAUUGUUUCUAAAGUAGUGCCGGAGGAAACUAUUCAACAUGUGGCCCGAGGUGGAUGCAGUGAAAAGUGAAAAUCGCCGCGAGCUUAAGCUACACGGUGCACAAGUAUCCGAGAGGAUUGUGAAAAACGGCGGUAAUUUGGAUAACGCUAUCUACCAGCUGUCCAUGUUAAAUCUGUUGGAAGUGAGUGAUACUGCGCUAGACAAGAUUUCACAACGCAUCGACGCGUUGAAUCAUCUGCAAUCGUUGUUACUGUAUCGGAACAAACUUGCACAACUUCCGGCAACGAUCGGACUGCUCGGUGAGCUGAAGGUGUUGGACCUGUCUGGCAACAGGUUAACGGAAUUGCCGUCCGAGUUCUCAAAUUUGCACUCGCUGACAACGCUGAAUUUGUCGUUCAAUCAACUGAAAACUGUUGAUCUUAGUGCGUUCGAAAAGCUCAGUGUUUGCAAUCUGUCUGGCAAUGAGUUGAGUGAAGUUCCACACUUUCAUAUCGGCCAAACGUACCAUCUGACGGAGAUUAAUAUAGAGAAAAAUAACAUUGUGGUUCUACCGGAAGAACUAACGCAGCAGCACAUUCUGCGCGUGUUAAACGUGGCAGAAAAUAAAAUCGAACAGGUCCCAAAAUAUAUAAGCAAGUGCGUAAAGCUGAAGGAAAUCAACCUUAAAGGUAACCCGUUGAAAGAUAAGCGCCUGUUGAAGCUAGUAGAUCAGUGUCGUACCAAACAGGUACUCGAUUAUGUCGAGAAAAAUGGUUAUGAACCAUCGAAAACGACGGCCAAGGAUGUUUCUUCCUGCGCUAAGAACACAGAACCGACAGCUGAAAAUCAUUCGAAUGGGUCACACGAAUCACAAUCCGUCCAGGAUGAAGAUAAUCAGCUGAAGAUAAUUGUUCAAAAAGCGACAGCAAAUACACCGAAAGUAACAUUCACGCCAGAAGCCCGUGCCAACCGUCCCUACAUUGUGCUCUGCAUCGUCCGGAGUUUCCCCGUAACGAAUAUGAGAAAGUUUCUCCAACUACAGAACGCACUACACGACAACGAAUGUGGCCGGCGUGAGGUGGCAACGAUUGCAACACACGAUCUGGCAAAGGUGAAGGGAACCAUAAGAUACCAUGCGGCCCCACCGGCUGAAAUUCACAUCACGGCUCUGGGCAAUGCUGCACAGGGCAAAGUGACGGCAGAAAAGUACUAUGCUGAUCUGUGCCACCAGGCGGAUCAGCUGCGGAAGGAAAAGAAGCGAAACACCUUCUCGGGAGUACACAAGUACAUUACACUGCUGACGGACAAGGAAUUGUUUGCGUUUCUGAGCGACGAGGAAAAAGUCAUUAGUUUGCCACCGCUGACGAACUGUGAUGAGACCAAAAUCUCUCCCACCUCCACGGACAUGUUGCUGGAAGUGACGAGUACCGUCGGACAUGGCCAUUGCGUUCGAAUUAUGAACGCACUGCUGGAGGGUAUGCUACUGAUGGAUGUUGAAGUUGUUGAUGGUACAAGGACAGCAUCAUCGACCGCUGGCCGUGCUUCGAUCCCCGGAGAGAAGAAGAAAAAGUCGAAAGCCACCAAAGAAACAGAAUCCGUCAAAGUACGUUAUAAUCGCUCUGCUACACUAACGGUGGAACAGGUCCAACUUUACGAUAGCGAUGGCAAGCUUCAUUCGGUGUUUCCCGGCAAGGGUGAUCUGAGUGGGAUAGAAACGGCGGGAAUUUCCACCAAAAUGGUUUAAUGAUUACAAUAAUCGUCUACUCGACUAUUCUUUAUAUGUGAAGUUAAUCCUGCGUGGAUCGUGGUGUAUGUCGUGAAGCUAUACGAAAAAGAUAAAUGUUCCUUUUUUAAGAUAUUUUGUCGUACAAAUCGUAACAAUUGUUUUUGAAUCUUUUGGCAAGCAAGAUGUAUAAGAAUCUAAGAGAAAUAUAUCAUUGAAUGAAUAUGAAUAAAACAUUGAACCCAUUA